AUCCCCGUUUCCCCCCGGUGGGCCCAUUUUGCCCCGCGUUGCCCACGGUUUUCUCUUCCUUCACACCAGAAGAACCCGGCCGGCAGUUCCUUUCUUCUCCAAUUAGUCCAGUCAGUCCGUCUCAUGGCUCUGCCUUUGUCUGUUCCAUGUUCCUCCCCCCUCCUCCUCCUCCCUUCCCCAAUGGUAGUAGCCUAGUAGGCCAGGUCUGACCGCGCAGGGCGUUGAUCCGUGGCGGCGCCAGGCGGGCGGGGAUCGCGCGGGAGGCCCCGGUCGAUUCGGGUUGGGCGCGGGGGGGGGGGGGGGGGGGGGGGGGGUUCCAGCUGGAGAGCGGCGAGCGGCGGAGAUCCGGUCGCUUGCCGGAUAACCCACCUUCGGGAAUAAUCAAAUUCCAGGUUCGCUGGCGCUUUGCUGUUGCAAUUUUGUGCGUGUCCUCGUGGAUCUGCGGUUUGGGGAUUUCUAAACUGGGGCUUUUGCCUGUGGAAAGGAGGCUACUUUGGCAUCCUUGUUCCCCUGAGGUUUCUCCGGUGUGGGUGUUAGAAUCCCUCCCCAUAGGGGUUCAGUUCAAGGCGGCGCCGGUUCAUGAUUCAGGCAAUGUCGUCGCAUGCUGGAGGCAGCGGCGGCGGCGGCGGAUAUGGGGGCCAGGCGCGGCGCGGGCAGAUGCAGAGCCUGGCGAGGCAAGGGUCCCUGUAUAGUCUGACCCUCAAUCAGGUGCAGAGUCAGCUGGGAGAGCCCUUGAUUAGUAUGAACCUCGAUGAACUGCUCAAGAGUGUGUUUCCUGACGAAUAUGAUCCUGAAAGUGGCCCCGUUGCCAGCCAGUCUGAGCAAGCCUUGGGCCUGCAGCGCCAGGGGAGCAUCAUGAUGCCUCCGGAGCUGAGCAAGAAGACUGUUGAUGAGGUGUGGAAGUGCAUCCAGGACUCCCCAAACACAGGUGCCGAGGAAGGUGGUCAGCAGCGGCGGGAGAGGCAGCCCACGCUUGGGGAGACGACACUUGAGGAUUUCCUGGUAAAAGCUGGGGUUGUAACGGAAGGGUAUUUGAAGGAUCCAAAUGACUUGACCGCCAAUGUCAAUGUCGUUGGGAGCAGUGUGAUUGCGAGUGGGGCACCCAGUUUGAACCCUGGAGCACAGUGGUUACAGCAAUACCAGCAGCAAGCUUUGGAGCCCCAUCAUCCAAGCAUGCCGGGUUCUUUCAUGGCAAGUCAGUUGGGCCCUCAGCCAUUGGCUGUCGGUACAGGUGAUAUUUUGGAAUCGAUUUACUCAGAUGGCCAGAUGACAUCACCAAUGCUCGGUGCACUUUCCGAUCCUCAGACACCUGGGCGCAAGCGUAGUGCCUCAGGGGGGGUACCUGAUAAGGUGGUAGAAAGAAAGCAGAAGAGAAUGAUAAAAAACAGGGAAUCAGCUGCGCGAUCAAGAGCGAGGAAGCAGGCUUACACUAAUGAGCUUGAAAACAAGGUAUCUCGUCUAGAAGAGGAAAACGAGAGGCUAAAGAAGCAGAAGGAGUUGGAUAUGAUAAUAUUCUCCGCACCUCCCCCAGAACCCAAGUAUCAGCUCCGGAGAACAAGCUCUUCCCCUGUUUGAGGGCGACGGCGAUGUUCAUAGUAAAUUUUGUGGAUUACAACGCCUAUAUAUUCUCCUUGUCUGUGGUAGAAACAGUUGGUAGCUUUGAGGUUCUAGCUUGUGCCAGCCCGGGUGGUUCAGUGUUUGUAGAUCAGUAGCAGGCUAGCAGCUUCCUAAGCCCUUAGCAUCCCCAGCUGAUCUGUUCCGAGGCUUUGUCAGUGUGUAAAUCUGCCAGGCGCAUGUUUAAUUUAUCAGAGCAUCUUCCUUGUACAUGAUAAGUUGUGUCUGUCUCUUUCAUCACGGUCAUGUAUGUUGGCAUGGCCAAAGAAAGUUUCUUUUGCUGCUGUU